CUUGCUAUCCCUUCCAAUCAUCUCGCAACAUAUAUUGGCUUCUUCUUCAAACCCAUUUUCGAUCAUCACCAUUCUCAUUUCGUUCACAGAGCUUCAUCAAUCACAAUGUCCUCCGAUCUCUCCGUUAUUCUACCUCGUGUUCUCAUCGUCUCCCGACGAAGCGUUCGCAAGAACAAGUUCGUCGAUUUCGUUGGAGAAUAUCAUCUAGAUCUUAUAGUAGGUUAUGGCGCAGUACCAGUGAUUGUGCCUCGUGUUACUGGGGUUCAUAUGCUAUUAGAAAGCUUCGAGCCAAUUCACGGGGUUCUUCUUUGUGAAGGAGAAGAUAUAGAUCCUUCUUUGUAUGGAUCAGAGGCCUCAGGCCUAUCACCAGAAGAACUAGAAGAAAUCAGGAGACUUCAUGCCAGUGAUACGUCCCUUGAUAGAGAGAAAGACUCAAUUGAAUUACGCCUGGCGAAGCUAUGCCUUGAAAGGAACAUACCCUAUCUGGGAAUCUGUAGGGGCUCACAGGUUCUAAAUGUUGCUUGUGGGGGUACUCUAUAUCAGGACAUAGAGAAGGAGGUAUCAAGCAAGUGUCCUAAAAGCCAGAGAGUGAUGCAUAUAAACUAUGACGAUUAUGAUGGUCACAGGCAUGAGGUGAAGGUGGUGGAGAAUACACCAUUGCACCAAUGGUUUAAGGAGUCUCUGGAAGAAGAAGUAGGGGAAAUGAAGAUUAGGGUUAAUAGCUAUCAUCAUCAAGGAGUUCAGAGAUUGGCUCAAAGGUUUGUUCCAAUGGCUUUUGCACCAGAUGGUUUGAUUGAAGGGUUUUAUGACCCAGAUGCUUAUAAUCCUGAAGAGGGUAAGUUCAUCAUGGGAUUGCAGUUUCAUCCAGAGAGAAUGAGGAAACCAGAUUCUGAUGAUUUUGAUUACCCAGGAUGCCCCUUUGCUUACAAGGAAUUCGUGAAGGCAGCAAUAGCAUAUCAGAAGAAGCUGAAUGCUGCAACGCCCAUUGAGAAGCCUCUAAAGCUUAACAAGGAAAUGGAGGACAAAAGGAAAAUCAUAGUGAGAAGCUUUUCAAUUGCUAAAAAUCUUUAUGAUGCUGGCCGAGGGAUGCAUCCCUCCAACGAUUCUGAACUUAAAGCUGGUGCAGAAUUUCUUGAGUCAAACACAGCACUGAGUGAGCAGCAAGAGAAAAGGUUAAAGCAGAUGGGAGCAACAGUGAGGAAUGGAGGGUCAUACAUAGAGAGAUUGAAGAUGAAUGAGGAGAGAGAAAAAAUGGCAAGAAAAGUUAUGGCCAAAAUGUCAGUGGAACAAUUAUCUGAGCUCUUGUCUUUCUAUCAUACCAUGGGGCAGAUUUGUUCUGAAGUGUUGGACAAAAAUAUACAUGGCCUUGUCAAUGACCCCAGUUAACUGAUGUCUUUAUAUAUAUGACUUUCUCUCCUUCUAUGCUUUUCUGUCUGAGAAUUGUUGUAAUGGUUCUGAUUUAAUCUUUAUAUAUAGACCAACAACUUUCCUUCAAAAGAGCAAGCCACCUGCAAAUACAAGUGCACGAGUUACAAAAUCCCCUCUUUAGCCUUGAUUUGAUUAGCUUUGUAGCUAAGAUGAAUUACUGUAUUAUAUUUCUUGUAAUCUAUAAAAUAUAAGGCAUGCAGGUAAA